UAAAGUCUGGAGAAGCAGCAGCCUGGAAAUGUGAGCGGGAUGGGGCAGCUGGCAGGGGGAGGAGGCGGAUAGGGCAGAGCGAAAGCAACGCGAGCGGCCCCAGGCGUUGGAGCUGCGGCGGCACUUGCGGAGCUGCCGCCGGCUUUGUUCUGACCGGGCGGGGAAAGCAGCAGCUCAGCCCGCUCCGGGCUGGAGGGAGCCCGGCAUCCAGCGAGAAGGAGCGGGGGCGCCGCGGGGUCCCUGUGCCUUCCGCCCAGCUCCGGGGAGCGCCGCGGGGUCCCUGUGCCCUCCGCUCAGGUCCAGGGGGCGCCGCGGGGUCCCUGUGCCUUCCGCCCAGGUCCGGGGGGCGCCGCGGGGUCCCUGUGCCCGCCGCGCCGGGGCGUUCCGAGCCCGCAGCAGCGAGGGCUCAAAGUGAAAUUCCGGAGGAAAUUUCAAGAGCAUCCGGAUCCGGAGAAAGACUGAAAGAAAGAGGAAGGGAGAAAUAAAUCAAAACGUGGAGAGAAUCCCCGGCAGCUGAAGAAAGAAGGGGAGAGAGCGGGGCUGACGCCCAGCAGCGAUGGGGGAAUGAGUCGUGGUGGAGGCGACCCCAAAGAAGAGCCUCAGCUCUGCUGGGACCCCUGAGGAGGACGCUGUCGGAGGAGAGACGCGUACUAACUCCACUGGGGCGUAGUCUGUCCUACCCUUACUAACAAAUGUCAACAACUAGGGAGCAGCCGAUCUUCAGCACCAGGGCCCAUGUCUUCCAGAUCGACCCUGCCACCAAACGCAACUGGAUCCCCGCCAGCAAGCACGCCCUGACCGUCUCCUAUUUCUACGAUGCCACGCGCAAUGUGUACCGGAUCAUCAGCGUUGGGGGCACCAAGGCGAUCAUCAACAGCACCAUCACCCCCAACAUGACCUUCACAAAGACAUCCCAGAAGUUCGGACAAUGGGCAGACAGCCGAGCCAACACGGUGUAUGGGUUGGGCUUUGCUUCAGAGCAACAUCUCUCCCAGUUUGCGGAGAAGUUCCAGGAGGUGAAAGAAGCAGCGCGUUUGGCGAGGGAGAAGUCCCAGGAUAAAACGGAGCUGACCAAUCCUGCCCUGAACAUCACAUCUCACCAGGUACUCCCCAGUCCCAUCAUCAGCUCCAACGGUCCAGGAGAAGAUAAGCUAUUCCGGAGCCAAAGUGCUGAUGUGGAGAUAACAACGGAGAAGGAGCGGCUGAAGAAGAUGCUUUCAGAAGGCUCAGUGAGUGAGGUGCAGUGGGAGGCUGAAUUCUUCAGCCUCCAGGACAACAACAACAAGCUCGUGGCUGCUCUCCAUGAAGCCAACGCCAACGUGGACCAGUGGAAGAAGCAGCUGGCUGCUUAUCAGGAGGAGACGGAAACGCUGCGGCAGCGGGUAGCGGAGCUGGAGUCACAGGGAGCUCACGAUUCCUCCAGCGAGAACAACAAGGAAGAGCUAAGCCAAACCCUGGAGGAGCUGGAACUCCUGAUCAAGGCUAAAGACGAGGAGAUUCAGAUGCUAAAGAGCCAGAAGUGUGGCCGAUGGGAAGCGGAGGGCGAGCGUGAGGAGACGCUGCAGAAACUGCAGGAACUGGAGACACGCAACGCGGAGCUGGAGCGAAGCCUUCACCUUGCUGAGCAGACACUGGCAGAGACCCUGGCCGAGAGGGAGAAGAUCCAGAACGAGGUCACCAAGGUAGCCGAGAUAAUGGAUGUGAAGAUAUUUGAGCUCAGCGAGAUCCGGCAGGGACUGGCCAAGCUGGUGGAGAGCAACUGAGUACCAGCACGCUCAGAGGAGGCUCCUCCGGAGGAGGGGAGCCCAAGCUGGGACUGGUCCCUGACGACAAUUAUGGUCACGGAACAGCCUCGAGGUCUGUUCAGGCAGGACACCAACAUACCAGCAGCUGCCUGGACAGUGUAGAGACCAGCCGCAGCCCCAUCCUGCCCACGGAACACCCCGACAGAGGGCAGAGGGGACCUGAGCUCCCGAAUCCUCUGCAGGGAGCAUCCACCCACAAGUCACAGCCAGACCUCUCUGGACCCUGCCCUGGCUCCCCCCGCGCUGCCUUCCCAGCCUCCCUGCUGCCACACUGUCUCCAACGUUUUUACUCUUUUCUAGGGGAAGAGGCUGAGCAGCCUUCGCCUUUUUUCAGUAGUUUUUUAGGAAACCACUUGCCUUUUGCCAAGAAGCUGCCCGUUUCCCACCCAGGGAGGGAGGGAGCGGCCCCAGCGCACUGAGGUCCAUAGUUGCUCCUUUUCCUCUUCCCCAGCCCUACCGACAUCGUGUCUUCCUACCAGGAUGCAGCAGCACUGGUCACUGUCGGGAGCUUCCAGAGAUAAGGGAGAAGGGAGCUCGCCUGCCCCUGUGUCCUUUCCACUGUUCAGGCGCAUCCUCCAGUGGAAAAAAAAGAACUGCAGGUUUUAAAGCUCUUAUUAGAUUAACACAGGGGGGUUUAAUGACUUCUUAAAACUUUCCGCUGGGAAGAGUAGAGGCUUGGUUUGGAAGGAGGCAUCUGAGAAAUGGGCCAUCCCCGCAGGGACUGCCAGCAAACUGCUAGAGGGGCGUCUCUCCGGGCCUCUGAGGGCUGCAGUUAAUUGAAAUUAAAUGGAGCAAAGCGCAGUUGCUCUUGGUUUCUUUUU